AUGCCCACUUUUGCGCUUUCCGUUCAAAAACCGCUCUCCCUCGGCUCACGAUUUGCUGUCCCUUUGUCUCCACGAAGUACCCAGCGUUUCCGCUUCAAACCCUUGUCUGAAGAGUCUACGCUUUUCUCCCGUCGUAACAUCGUUGGCACUGCUGCAACUGGCGCAGGCGCAUCUCUCCUUGUGCUCGCUAAUCGCUCGAGGCCGUUCGGUGGCGGACUAGAAAACAUUGAGGGCCGUUCAUACUAUGUCGUCCAAAGGGGUGACUCGCUAUCUGCUAUUUCUCGCACCUUCGGGUCUUCAGUGGAUGUGAUUGCACAGGCUAACAACCUGCGGUCUGAAACUAUCCAUAAAGGAGAGACACUGUGGAUUCCGCGCAUGUAUACUAUUCAGCAGGGUGACACUCUUUAUGGCAUUGCAAGAAAGUACUAUACUACAGUGGCAGCGAUAUUGGAAAUCAACAACAUUGAAGACCCAAACGUGAUAAAGGCUGAUGAUGUGAUCCUCAUCCCAUAA